GCAGACCCCAGACCUUCCCCUCACCCUCCCUGUGCUUCAUCCUCCCUGCUCCAGGACAUUCGCAACACGGUGGGCAACAUCCCCAUGGAGUGGUACCAGGACUUCCCACACAUUGGCUACGACCUGGAGGGGAAGAGGAUCUACAAACCCAUCCGCAACAAAGACGAGCUGGACAAGUUCCUGGAGAAGAUGGAGAACGCUGACUACUGGCGAACAGUCCAGGACAAGAUGACAGGCGCAGACAUAAAGCUGACGGACGAGCAGGUGGACCUGGUGCAUCGUCUCCAGAAAGGGCAGUUUGGGGACGUGCACUUCAAUCCCUACGAGCCGGCCAUCGACUUCUUCACCCAUGAGGUCAUGAUCCACCCAGUGACCAAUCGCCCGGCGGACAAACGGAGCUUCAUCCCAUCCCUCAUUGAGAAGGAGAAGGUCUCCAAGCUGGUCCAUGCCAUCAAGAUGGGCUGGAUCAAACCCCGCAAGCCCAAGGAGGACACCCCGACGUACUACGACCUCUGGGCCCACGAGGACCCCAACUCCAUCCUGGGCCGCCACAAGAUGCACGUCCCGGCCCCCAAGAUGAAGCUGCCGGGACACGAGGAGUCCUACAACCCUCCGCCCGAGUACCUGCUGAGCGAGGAGGAGAAGUUGGCGUGGGAGCAGCAGGAGCCGGCCGAGCGGCGGCUGAACUUCGUGCCGCAGCAGUACCGCUGCCUGCGCGCCGUGCCGGCGUAUCCCCGCUUCAUCCACGAGCGCUUCGAGCGCUGCCUCGACCUCUAUCUAUGCCCACGGCAGAGGAAGAUGAGGGUGAACGUGGAUCCCGAGGACCUGAUCCCGAAGCUGCCCAAGCCGCGGGACCUGCAGCCCUUCCCCACCACGCAGGCGCUGGUAAGCAGCUGUGCAGAGCCGGGGGGCAGCGGGUGCGCCGUGCCGGGUGCUGCAGAACCUGGGGAGAUCACGGAAAGCGAAGUGUGCGAUUAA